GGAUUCCCUUGGAAUUCUUUGCACUUCACAAUGGCUGGGCGUACCUUGCUGGAGGAGCUAGAGCAGGAUGAGGAACUUUCGCUUGCAGCGGCCAUCGUGCAAAAUGCCAGGCCUGGCACAAGAUGUUAUGAGCUUCGCAAUCGCCUCACCGGCCGCCACGGGCGUGAAGUGACUCUGCUCGUGCCCGUCAACCGCGCCAUCACCAAAGCAGCGGAGGCUAGAAGGACAACGAUAGAGCUAUUUUGCAAGACACCAGAGGUAGCAGAUCUGAUUGCUGGCCAUGCAGUUUUGGACAGAUGGCCGCUUGCUGCCCUGCGAAUGCUGGGAACGUCGCUGGACAGCCUGCGUGGCUCCACUAUGCAGCUAUUGUUCAUGCCGAGUGGCGACGGGAGGGUGAGUGUGCGAGUCGCUGAAUCUGGAGAGCGUCCGACGCGUCUAAGUGCUGGCGAUAUUUCUUGCCGCAACGGACUCCUUCACAAGAUUGGGCGAUUGCUGACACCUUCUCGACAGGCUUGGCGGAGUGCCGCAAGCCAGCAGGAGGCCUUGGAGAGAUCCGUAGCAGCAAAGCAUGAGAUGAUGAAGGAUCGCAUGGAACUGAAUAGAAAGACACGGCCUGGCCCUCCACUUCCAGGUCCGAUUUCCAAGGCCCUGGAAGCUCGACGUACGGUUUCUGCACAUGAUCGUCAACGUGCUCAAGCUUUCGCCCCUCUUUAUGGAGAUGACUAUGAUCGGCUCUUACAAGGAACCGAGGCUCUACACAGGCAACAAGCCGCUGCCACCACGACGCGAUAGCUCUGCGCACCGCACGGCUCCGAAGGUCACACAGGACAGGAUCCAUGCUGAACAAGAGCCGACUCUGGAGCAUGUUUGGGAGGAGUGGGAACCUCUGAAGAAGGAAGAAGUGAGACUCAGGUCAGAGCUCAAAGAAUACCAGGAUUACCUUCAAUCCAAGGAGUCCGUCAUUGCUGAGCACGCCUCACUUGUCCGCGAGGUGCUGCCACCAUCAGGAUUGUCAUGGGCAGUUCGCCCAAACAAGGUGCUGGAUUUGGCUUUGCUACGCGAUGAUCAUCAGCGGCUACUUUCUAGCCUUUGUCGUCACGACCCGCAGCUUGUCGAAUCGGAGGUGGUGGUCGCGGGCCGCGUCAUUCCUGCCCACAGCCGGCUUUGCCAAGAGGUGCUGCCAUGGACCUCCAAGCAAUGGAUACGCGUGGAACUGCCAGACGUUCCUUGCGAUGCGUUUCCUUUAUGGAGUGUGCCAUUUGACAACAGAGGCAUUGAGUCAAGGUUGCAGCACUUGGAGGCGCAUUUGAUGGCUGAGCAGUUGGGAUUGCAAUUGGCGCCGAUGCAGGGCGAGUCUUCCAAGCUGGAGCAGCUAUACUCUGAUAACGAGAAGGGGAUUUCCUUGGCUGAGCUGUUCAACUGGUUCGACAAGCAUGGCGUGCGAUGGGGACUUCAUGAGCAACGCGGUUUUUUGCGCUUGUGCGAGGCCCUGGGAGUGCUGGAAGCACCAGAACGCGCAGGUCCUGCGCGGUUGCAGACCCGGUCGCAGGAGACCGAAGACAUACCAGAAUUGAUUCAGAGACGCAUCCAGAGAAAGAUGGUGUCGACAGUGCUGAAUUUGCCAAAGCUGCCCGAGGAGCAUGCGGACUUGCAAGCCCUGCUUGGUCACUUGCGGCACAUGGCUGGCACAACAGGAAAUCCUGCUCAAGGACUCAAGCAAGAGGUCAGCGCUCAGUCGGCCUGGCUGGCUGCUCUCAAGGGCAGGCUUCACGUGCUGGAGUCCGGUUUGCCAAGUCCCUGGUCCCCGCCGGUGGACCUUUGGCAGGACCUCAUUGGUGCGCAACCACCUAGCACCACACCGGAGGCGUUGCUGGACAUAGUCUCCACUGCGCUUGCAGAAGCUCGGCGCAAGGCCGUACAGCGGGCAGAGGCGGCUGCCGUGGCAACAGAGGCGGUGAAAGCGAGCGCUGAUGGUAAGUUCCGUCAGGUUGCGUGGCUGGAGGCGCAGGCUGCUGCCAAAGAGGCAGAAGCUGAAUUGCUUGAACAGCACUUGCAGGAGCAGGCGGAACGUCUCAAGGAGUAUGAGGUUGAGCGGCGGCGAGGUCAAAACGGCGCCAGCAUGUUGGGUGUCCUGGAAGCAGAGGAGGCUGCACACCGUGCUAGUGCGAUUGCACUGCAGCAGCAUGCGCGCAAGGUGCAGAGGGCUUGGCGAAGCCGACAGCGUCAGGGACGACUGAAGCUUGGAGCGGUGCUUUUCCUCCAGUUUCGAGUUCGCCGUUGGCGCAAAAAGCGUCAGAUGGCAGCCAAGAAGAUCCAAGUCCGGUGGUCAACCUUCACGCGGGUCAAGCGUGGCCUUGAAGGCGUUGUGAAGCAGGGCGCCGCCUGCAUGAGCCGUUUGCAGAAGUCAGCAGCCCGCUAACAUAGCGCCACAGUCUGAG